GGAUGACACUAGAACCUCCUUAAGUUGCGUCGCGCCACAGCUGUCUGCGAACACUGAGCUGCCUGGCGCCGUCUUGAUACUUUCAGAAAGAAUGCAUUCCCUGUAAAAAAAAAAAAAAAAAAAAAAAAUACUGAGAGAGGGAGAGAGAGAGAGAAGAAGUGAGAGAGACGGAGGGAGAGCGAGACAGAGCGAGCUACGCAAUCUGACCGAGCAGGUCGUACGCCGCCGCCUCCUCCUCCUCUCUGCUCUUCGCUACCCAGGUGACCCAGGAAGGGACUCCGCCUCGGAGCGGCUGAGGACCCCGGUGCAGAGGAGCCUGGCUCGCAGAAUUCCAGAGUCGUCGCCCCUUUUUACAACCUGGUUCCCUUUUAUCCUGCCGUACCCAGUUUUUGGAUUUUUGUCUUCCCCGUCUUCUCUUUGCUAAAAGACCCCUCCAAGAUUAUUUUUUAAAAAUCCUCUCCUUUGCUCACCUUUGCUUCCCAGCCUUCCCAUCCCCCCACCGAAAGCAAAUCAUUCAACGACCCCCGACCCUCCGACGGCAGGAGCCCCCCGACCUCCCAAGCCGACCGCCCUCCCUCCCCGCGCGCGGGUUCCGGGCCCGGCGAGAGGGCGCGAGCGCAGCCGAGGCCAUGGAGGUGACGGCAGACCAGCCGCGCUGGGUAAGCCACCACCACCCCGCCGUGCUCAACGGGCAGCACCCGGACACGCACCACCCGGGCCUCGGCCACUCCUACAUGGACCCGGCGCAGUACCCGCUGCCGGAGGAGGUGGAUGUGCUUUUUAACAUCGACGGUCAAGGCAACCACGUCCCGCCCUACUACGGAAACUCGGUCAGGGCCACGGUGCAGAGGUACCCUCCGACCCACCACGGGAGCCAGGUGUGCCGCCCGCCUCUGCUUCAUGGAUCCCUGCCCUGGCUGGACGGCGGCAAAGCUCUGAGCAGCCACCACGCCGCCUCCCCCUGGAACCUCAGUCCCUUCUCCAAGACGUCCAUCCACCACGGCUCCCCGGGGCCCCUCUCCGUCUAUCCCCCGGCCUCGUCCUCCUCCCUGUCGGGGGGCCACGCCAGCCCGCACCUCUUCACCUUCCCGCCCACCCCACCUAAAGACGUCUCCCCGGACCCGUCGCUGUCCACCCCGGGCUCGGCCGGCUCGGCCCGGCAGGACGAGAAAGAGUGCCUCAAGUACCAGGUGCCGCUGCCCGACAGCAUGAAGCUGGAGUCGUCCCACUCCCGUGGCAGCAUGACCGCCCUGGGGGGGGCCUCCUCGUCGGCCCACCACCCCAUCACCACCUACCCGCCCUACGUGCCCGAGUACAGCUCCGGACUCUUCCCCCCCAGCAGUCUGCUGGGCGGCUCCCCCACCGGCUUCGGAUGCAAGUCGAGGCCCAAGGCCCGGUCCAGCACAGAAGGCAGGGAGUGUGUGAACUGCGGAGCAACCUCGACCCCACUGUGGCGGCGAGAUGGCACGGGGCAUUACCUGUGCAAUGCCUGUGGGCUCUACCACAAAAUGAACGGACAGAACCGGCCCCUCAUUAAGCCCAAGCGAAGGCUGUCUGCAGCCAGGAGAGCAGGGACGUCCUGUGCGAACUGUCAGACCACCACGACCACACUCUGGAGGAGGAACGCCAAUGGCGACCCUGUCUGCAAUGCCUGUGGGCUCUACUACAAGCUGCACAAUAUUAACAGACCCCUGACCAUGAAGAAGGAAGGCAUCCAGACCAGAAACCGAUGUCUCUUUCUCCAGCCUGUGCUGAGGGUAGCAGUGUAUGAGCUAGCAACGUGCAUGUCAGCGACCCCGGCCCGACAGGCCAUGUCCUGCAAGCGGCCCGGCUGCCUCUUCACCCUGUCGUGUUCUGUGGGCGACAAGUGGCCCACACAGCCCCACAACCUCCCGCAGCUUCCAGGACAGCCUCCACCCACGGGCACAGCCAACUCUGAGCAGACGCUGCCUGGCUUUCCCUCCAUCGCCAACCUGGUGAUCCCGAGUCAGGAGCUCUGUGACUCUCCUCUACUCCAGGAAGACUGUUCCCAUGCCAGGCACACGAGCUGGCCUGUCUUGGAUAAAUUCGAUACCCAAAGUCAGGAUGACUCUGGUUCCUCGGACCCCAAGAGUCCAGAGGCAGCUCACUCCUCCGUUACGUCGCACAUCUGCGAAGAAGGGGAAGGAGAGGCAGCGGCAUGGCUGCUGGCCGCAUGGACGGAUCACCAGCAGCUCCGAUGA